AGAUGUUUGACGGUGUUGUUGACUAUUAGUGCGUUAAAUUAAUGCAAAGUAGAUUAAUUUGAACUUUAUAACAGUAACCAGACGUUCAGCCGUCAGUUAAUUGUACUUCAGCGUAAGUCUCUGUCGGUCUGUAAUUAAUUGCUUCACACUGCUGAAUUUUAUUUUUCCGCUCAAACGUUCCUCCAAGUUCUCUCGUAGUCGUCACACGUGAGCAUCAUUGGACACCUGCACGCAUGAAGCAUGGCAACAACAGCAGUGCGUUUUGUCCUCUCCAAAUUGCUGUGGCCUUUGUGGAGAACAGCUGAAGACGAGGUUGACGCAUUCGGCGCAGCUACUGAGGAGAUUCAGCAGGUGCAUGGAGGUGUGGUGACGCGCCUGUGCCAGGACUAUGGCCUGAUUAACGACACCGUCUACUUCACCCCGAGAGAGGUCCUGGGUGGGGUGCCACUGCGACAAGGGGACGCGGUCAACGCCAUAGCCAUCCGCGACGGACCUCAGGGUGGCUGGAAAGCCAUCAGGGUAGAGCGGCACACUGAUGCCUGGGAGGACAUGGGGGAAGUAUCUCUGGACUCUGACCUGGAGAAGGUCAGACCCCUAGUGGGCACCGUGACCUCCUGCGACCACGAGGGAGGGACCAUCAACCAGACCACCUACUUCCCACGCUCUGCUUUGUGCGAUGGUUAUGAGCCCAUGAAGGGAGACUGGGUGCAAGCGCAGUACGUCAUCACUCCCACCCACUGGUCCAGCCAGGCCUGCUCAGUGUCCCCUCUGCGAUAUCGCCGCCUUGACCAGGUGCGCGUGUCCAGCAUGUUUGGGAGCAGCGGCGUGGUGGAGGACAGCAUCUUCUUCAGCCUGGACUGCCUGCUGCUGCCGGCCCAGUACCGGCCCAUGCCCGGGGACCUGGUCAACGUGGUGGUGGUGGAGAGCAGCCAGUCCUUCUACUGCUGGAGGGCGCUGUGCAUGGGGCCCUGCCAUAGUUCUGGGCCUGCGAUCCCCAUGCCAGAGGCAGAGCUGGAGGCACUGCUGAUGAACAAGGAGGGUCUGGAGGUCAGCAGAGAUGGGGACUUUGGAGCCCUGCUACUGGGAGAGAGCAAAGAGCUCCUCAUAUGGAUAGAGAACACUGGCUCAGAGCCUCAUCAGCUGAAGUGCUGCGACUUUGUGGGCUGGGACUCCCAGGAGCAGUUCACCUUCCUGCUGGAGCUGAGUCCUGCCACUGCUGCCGCCAUCGCAGCCAUCAACGCCAAGCAGCCCCUGCUGCAGCCGGGCAAGACCUGGCUCAUCAACGGCGGGCCUCAGGGGGGAGCGGCCAACCCGUACGCGGCCUACACGCGCCCCAGAGGCUCCUCCUCCUCCUCGCUACGCGGGACCAUUGGCGGGUAUGGGUUGUACCCGCUGCCCGUAUUGAGCGAGCCCAAUGGGGAGGUGUUUGACGAGGACGUUCUGCAGCCAGAUGAGGUGGACGAGGACGCGGGGGGAGGUGCGGACGCAGUGUACGAGGAGCUACGGCAGGCCGCCGCCCAGAAGAGCAACACCCGCAGCCUGGCCAGGGAGGUGGACAUCGCACCGGGACAGAGGCUCACCAUCACCGUGGGCUGCCAUGGAAAGAGCCUGGGUCGCUGUGCUGAGCUGCUGCUGUUGCACUUCUCCACGUUCACCAUCGGGCGGCGCCUGCAGGUUGCGGUGAGCAGCAGGGAGGAGACCCUGUUGAUGCCCAGCGCUCCCUACAACCCAGACAGCCGCAGCCCAGCCCAGCAGCAGCAGCCCACAGUCCUACGCAGGGUCAUGGCUCCUGCACCCGUCAGAACAUCCAAGAGACAUUUGCCCAACUUCCUGGGGAACUACCCAGUGCCACAGGCCCUGCGUGACUGCGUAGAGAACAAGAAUGAUGUACUGGUGGUUCAGCCUGAGUUGGGGGAGCCGCUGUCCCUGUUGAAUGCCCAGAAGCGCUUCUCCACUCUGCUGUGGCUGGAGGAGCUGAAUGCGGAGCAUGAGCUGAAGGAGUUCAGCAUCACUGGGGCCCUGCUGCGUAAAGGAGCCAUCCAUCUGCACCUGGAGGUGCCGGGCCUGGCAGAGGGACGGCCCAACCUCUUCUUCGGUGACAAGGUGCUGCUCAAGAAGCCUUGUGGAGGAGGUGUAGUAAUAGAGUACAUUGGAUAUGUUGCAGAGAUUAAUGACGAAGACGUGAGUCUGAGAGUGGACCAUGCUUUCCACAAAUCCUACCUCGGAGAGCCUUUAGACGUGGAUUUCACCUUCAACAGGUUGACAACGCGGAGAUGCCAUCUGGCAAUUCAUCAGGCGAAGGACUUUGGCGAGGCCGUGCUUUUCCCCAGUGUUCUGAGCCAUCAACGUCCACUCUGGGUGGGGGAGUGGGGCCCAGAGAAGGAAGAGGAGGAGGAGGAGGUGGAGGAAGAAGAGAAGGAGACGGAGGAGGAAGAGAGCCAGGAAGUAGUGGAGGAAGACGAGGUCGGGGGUUCAAAUGGGAAUGGAGACAUGGUGACGGUCGCCACGCAAACCAAAACUGACCGAUUACCGAAGAAGGAGAUUCCUGAUCCGGGUCAGUUCUUCAACCGCUGCCUGAAUCCGGCCCAGAGAGAGGUGGUGAAGCGCGUCCUGGCGGGAGAGAGCCGGCCCACUCCUUACAUCCUGUUUGGCCCUCCCGGUACCGGCAAGACCAUCACUCUCAUCGAGACCAUCCUACAGAUCUAUCACCGUGUGCCCUCCAGCCGCCUGCUGGUCUGCACGCCCUCCAACAGCGCUGCUGACCUCAUCUGCAUCAGGCUGCACCAGAGCGGCUACCUGCGCGCCGCCAGCCUGGUGCGUGUCAACGCCUCCAGCAGGCAGGAAGAGUCCAUUCCUGAGGUGCUGCAGCAGUACUCUCGUGCAGGAGAGGAUAUCCGUCACGCCUCCUUCCACAGGAUCGUGGUCAGCACCUGCUCCAGUGCUGGAAUGUUCUAUCAGAUUGGCUUGCGGGUGGGCCACUUCACCCAUGUGUUCCUGGAUGAGGCUGGACAGGCCACUGAGCCAGAGAGCCUGAUCCCCAUCGGACUGCUGUCAGAGAAGGACGGACAGAUUGUGCUGGCUGGAGACCCGUGUCAGCUGGGCCCGGUAGUGAAGUCUAAGCUGGCCACUGUGUUUGGCCUGGGCGUGUCUCUACUGGAGAGGCUGAUGGCCACGCCCCUCUACGCCUGUAGAGAAAAUGGCUACAACCCAGCCCUGGUGACCAAGCUGUUGUAUAACUACCGUUCCCACGAGGCCCUGCUGUCUCUGCCCUCGCGCCUCUUCUACUCCGGAGACCUGUGCAUGCGUGCCCAGAGGGCCGUGGUGGACUCCCUGUGCCACUGGGGCCGGCUGCCCACCAAAGGCUUCCCUCUCAUCUUCCAUGGAUUGCGGGCCACAGAGAUGCGUGAGGGCAACAACCCAUCGUGGUUCAACCCUGGGGAGGCGGUGCAGGUCAUGCUGUACUGCUGCCAGCUCGCCAAGAGGCUCUACAACCCCAUCUCACCCUCAGAGAUCGGCAUCAUUGCCCCCUACAGGAAGCAGGUGGAGAAGAUCCGUGUGUUGCUGCACAGGGUGGGUCUGUCUGAUAUCAAAGUGGGCUCAGUGGAGGAGUUUCAGGGCCAGGAGUUCCUGAUCAUAAUCAUGUCCACGGUGCGGUCCAAUGAGGAGCUGCUGGACGGAGACCUCCAGAGUGCCCUGGGCUUCCUGUCCAACCCCAAGCGCUUCAAUGUGGCCAUCACACGAGCCAAGGCCCUGCUCAUAGUGGUGGGCAAUCCCCACAUCCUCAUCAAGGACCCUUGUUUCAAUGCCCUGCUACAGUUUGCAUACGACAAUGGAGCCCUGAUGGGCUCUGACCCUCCUGUGUCUCUCCUCGCAUCCAAGAGGCCUAAUCCAGACGAUGAGAGCUGACCAUACCCUGACAAGAGAGCCUUACCCUAAAAACUGCAAAUUACGUUUUCCGAAGUACUGCUCUUGUCACUUUAUCAAACACUAAUAAAAAAAAGUUCAUUGCUGA